AUGUUCGUGCCGUCGGGCAUCUUCGGUGGACCUGCGUACAUACAGUGCCAUCAGCACACGUUCCUGGGGGGCUUCGGUGUUCAGCUGGGGAAUGGAACAGAAGUGCCGGUGACCGUCCCACAUGAUUAUCCCGAGCCGGUAGCAACGGAAGACUACGUCAUCCCCACGCUCGGGCUGUACCAUGGUUCGUUUGUGUUCGCCUAUCUGUCUACGUUUCUGUCCUACAUCACACCUUACGAGCUGCCAGUAGUUUACUGCCUCCUAGAGCUGCUGCGUGACGCCUUCCACACGAAGGUGUCCUUCCUGCAUCUGAUCCUCGAGGCACUCAAGGUGGAGUCGGGCUACAUCUGUCUGAUAGCGAUCUUCUUCCUGAUAUCACUCAUUCCGCUCUGUUACACCAUCGCCUGGGGCUGUGCGAAAGAACCGGACGAUGACCUCAACCCAGGACCAACCGUCGACGCCAUCAUGCAGGCGGAGGAGCUUUCACUCGAGGAAAGCUUGCACUGCCGGAAAAGCUUCCUAGCGCUGAUGCUGCAAGUCGUGAUGUUGCUGCUGAUUGCCGGCGUGAUAGCGAUGUUCGUGACGAACGAGCAGAUCGCGUCAGCCGUCGAUCAAACACCGGCCGUUGUGCGCGCAUCGCUCCUCGACGUGGCCACGUUCCUGCGCGAUGCCGAACAGCAGAUACGGUUCGUGAUAACGGAGGGUCUCGCUACCGCGACCGAGCGCAUCCGUGACGAUCUGGAAAGCGUGGACAAGCUGCUUGGGGAACCGAUCCAGCACCAUUUGGCGCUGUUCACCGGCAUUGACAUCAUCUUCGAGUCGAUCAUUGAGAUCAGCACGAGCAGCAGCAACCUAUCGCGGCGGAUUCACCUGCUGCAGGAUGCGCUCGCACGGGCAGCUAAGAUCUCGUACGAAGCCGAAUACCGGCUGGACGAGCUGCAGAUUCAGCUGUCGGUGUUGCAGCGCCAGUGCACGUUUCGUGAUCGGCCGCUCUGUGACACGCUGCGCAUCCGCAACUUCGAGGAUACUGGGCUGAUCGAGCGGAUCCGCAAGCUACAGGUCGAUCGAACACUCGCCAAGCUGAUGGCGAUGGGUGAAGCCGGUCGGAACAGCAGCAUGCACGCGUUGACGCAGGAGCUAACAUUGGCUCGGGCCACCUUCCGCAAUUAUGCCACGGACGUGCGAAACGUGACUGAGGAGCAAGCGGAUCGGGUACACGAACGUCUCGAGGAGUUGACUGGGGAUACUCUAGCGACCACCGGUGUGCUGACACACGCAGUUGGCGAGCUGAUCGAGCAGGUUAACCGAACGUCGAAUUUUUCGGACUCCUUCUUCGAUCGGUACCGCGAGAUCGGUGCCAUCCUUUGGCUAGCUGGGCUGGCAACCACAAUUAUGACGCUGCUGGUGACGCUUAUCCUUUUGAGUGCGCUCAGUUGCGGCUGUUGCCACGCGGAUAGCAAAGCCGGCAUUACGCUCAUCCUCGGUGCCGUGUGUAUCUGUAUCGCGAGCCUCGCCUUGUCCGGGUUUGCUAUGAUGGAGAUGCUGCUCGGCGCACACGGUCAGGUAUUCCUUUGUCAGCCAUUGUAUGACGCUCCCGGGUAUUCCGUGCUGCAGAAACUGAUCGAUAAACCGGGACUGAUCUACCCGGUAGAGCCCCAACACGGCAUCAUCGGGGAGUUGUUGCGACAGGCGGCGCCACCAAAUGCUAGCUGGACGCGCCCGAUACAGGUGUCCCUUUCGACGGCACUGAACAAGUGUGAGGAUGGGCACGGUUCGUACGCCACGUUUCAGCUGGACGCGUUGCUUAACCUUUCUGCGGCACUCGAGCAUCACCAGCGGCCUGAGCUCGAGCGUGCCAUCGAAUCGGUCGCGGCCAGCGAGGAACCGUUCGUUGGGUUCACCGCCCGCAUCCAAACCAUCCUCGAGGACAUGCUGUUCGAUUCGGAUCUCAAUCUCACCGGUAUGCGCAUGGAGCUGACGCAACUCUCACCCGAUAAGGACGUGCUGACGUUCAUCGAUCAGCUGCAGCGUGUGUCGGCGCAGAUUCAGGACGUUGCGACGUCUAGCCGCAUGACGACGCUGGGGUCUCGUGCCAAGCGGCUGCAGCUGUCCUUGCUGGCCCCGUUGGAACAGCUGCGUGGGGAUAUCGUGUAUCAUCUGACGGCGCUGGAGCUCCAGCUGUCACCGUGGGCGGCUCAGGUUAACAAAAGCCUGACGCACCUGCGAAACGCGCAGGCUUUCCUCGACAGUGAUGCUGCUGAGGUGUGCUACAACCGCAGCGACCUCUACCGGGACCGGUUGCGGGCGCAUCUCGAUGCGUAUCGCAAUUACACGGCUGUCGUGUUACGUGAGCGGUGCGCAAGUUGCCGGCCGCUGUUCGAUAUUUUUGACGCGAUGCGCAUGCUUUUCUGUCACCAUAUCAUGGACCCGAUGAACGGGCUCUGGUUCUCGGCCUUCUUGUGUCUGUUUCUGUGGGCUGUCGCGACGCCACUCUCACUCAUGCUGUCGUCCACCUACCGGAGGAUCGAUGUACUUUCCAGUAAGCUCCAGCACUCCAACAGCAACCGUUACAACGCUCGCGCAUCCGUUCGAGAGGAUCAACGAGAGUCCAGCCAUUGGUCGACGCAGCGAUCCGUCUCAGUGCACGUGAACGCGGUGACGGAGUCCAGCACCGACGAAGACCUUCCGGGGAUGAACGACUCGGAUCCGGUCACCGAGGAUGGUGCCGUCGUGAUCGAGUACAUCGAGCUGCGGUACGAGAACGGUGAUCCAACGAACUACGCCGAAAGUUUGAUCUAGAACGUGGGAGAUCGCAGAGAAUUGCUGUACGGUUCAAU